GGCCUGCUCCCCGGCCGGGGCCGAAAUCGACCUAGUGAGUCCCUCGCGGGCGAACCAGGACACAACAGAUAGUAGGCGGGUGGUGUCCCAAGGUGCAACUCACCGCCGCGCUGGCUCAGCGUGGCGGUGAGGAUGCACAGACGGUGGUAGUGGCGAGAGGUGUGUAUGGACACUGUUCCCGCGGCAGUAAUGCAAAGCGGCAAACUGCACCUGGCAACCACCGUCGCGGAAAGCGUGGCCCACGAAGCUGGAGGAGUAGAGAGAUUCGUAAACACCACGUCAGUAAGCACCGCUCGCGGGAGAAGGGAGACGACCGCGGGCACCGCGGGGAGGGAGUGCUGCACCCUCCUCGUCAAAACACCACAGGCAAGAACCGAGCUCUGCAGAGAUGGAUUGAUGCGAGGAAACUCGCCGCUCGGAAAAGACGGAAGAAAGCACACCCGCAACGCGAGGUGGACCGAGAGAGACACGAGACCGCAGCGGCCGUCAAGGC